GGUUGGCGACACAGUGCGUGACGUCACGGGACGCUCCACGUGCCGCUUGUUUACAGCGAGUCUGAGGAGCAGAGAUUGUGAAAGUGUUCCUGGAUUGAGUUUCACUGCUGCUCUUCAUAUUUAGAUCUUCAUCAGAGUCUGUGAGAAUCACCAGCACACGAUAUUAGAGAGAAGAAUGUUCCAGAUGGUUCAGUUCUUAGUUCCCUCGGGGCCCAAGAGACCCGGUAACAUCAGCCUAUCUCCCCCGAGCCGACAGAACCGGACUCAGACCGCUUCCAAUGAGUUUCUGCAGCACGUCCGGAGAGUCAGCGGCCUGAAACAGCAGGACAUGUUCUAUAACCUGCGUGUCCCAAACCAGAGUCAGAGCGACCGAGACGAGAUCCACCUGCUGCUGCUCACAGGUCACGGAGUGUUCUGCAUCGAUCUGAAGACGUGGAGCGGCUCUGUUUCGGUCGCGAGCGAGGCUCAGGUCAGAGCGGAGCAGCAGAACUUCACCAGCGUCUCCAUCGAGCAGCUGCCCGACGCUCUUCAGGCCAUUACAGAGAAAACCAGCAACCUGCACAGCCACAUGAAGCGCUGCGGGCUGAACCUCCGGCCCAAUCUCUUCAUUCCCAGAGUGCUGUUCCUGUCUGCGGACUGUGUGCGGAGCGCGGAUCUGCUGCAGACGGAGCAGCUGCUGUCCUGCGCAGACGUGGAGCCGUUCCUGCGCUCGCUGCGUGAGGGAUACAUGUCCUGGCUCUCCGACGCCUUCACGCCGUCCUGGAUCUCAGGUGCGUCUGAUAAAGACAGACGGAGCUUCGGCGGGGGUUCUGCUCUGGUUCACCUGCGGCGUCAUACAGUCACCGUCUCCAUGUAUAAGCGAGGAGCGCAGGGGUGGCUGGGUAAACCGCUGAUCGCCACGGCAACCAUCCCCUCCAGCACACGCGUGAUCUUCCGCAUCCGAGGAGAACCGACAGACACCAAGAUCCCGGCGGGCAGCGUCCGCUCCAUCACGCUGAGCAUCUGAAGCCCUGCAGCUUUAUUCUCUCCGCAGUGAUUCAUUCCAUGCGCUCGAUCAUCACUACCGACACCACUCAUGUCUUUAUCACACCAAUCAACGAGUUUCAAACGUGCUUUAUAUCUUUUUAAUAUUUGAUGAUUGCUGAGAAAUGUUUUACUUUUCUAAUCAGACAUCAGCCUGUAUUCUGAACAGAGUGUGAGUCCAGCGUUCAUGUGUUCAUACUCUUCAGGCUAGUAAAUCUUCAUGGUCAUUUUUAAAAUGUUACUAAUUUCUUUAGUGACUUUAAAACUCUGAACAUAGAAAAGAUCCCGGCUGGUUUUGUCAAACUGACGAACAUUUCUUGGCCUUUAUUCAGAUGAAGAUAUUUUGAUCUGUUAAAGCCUCUAAUAUUUUGUCAGUUAAUUUGAAAUGAUUGAUAUUU